AUGCUCUUGAGAGCGCAUACCAAAUGGUUUUCCGUUGUAAAAAUAAUGUAUCAGUCAAUGUCAACUACAUUUACCAGCAUUUCUUUUUCUUCCUCGCAGCUUCGUGAUUUUCGAAAACGUUUUACAGCCAUACAGGAUAUUCCUCAACAUUUUUUCUUUUGUCGAAGCAAAAAAAAACCCGAAUAAAUUAUUAUUCCUUCUUCGAGAAUGUAGGAAAUUCUCCCUACCACCCGGGAUUGGGCAGACAUACACGCCAAAGAUUUUAGGCAAUUAGGCAAAUACUUGAAUACGCUUCGUCAUAAUACAUUAAUAUGUGCUUAUAUUAAAUGCACUUAUACUUCCACACCUAGAUUAUUGUUGCGAAGUUUGGGACACCAUUGGCGCCACACUUUCUGAUCGACUCGAGAAACUACAAAAUAGGGCAGCUAGAGUUAUUACUGGCCGUAAAAGCCAACACCGUCAGUCUGAACUUGCCCUAGACGAACUGAAAUGGAAACCUUUAAGUGAACGCAGAACACAUUUCGUAGCAAGUCUUAUGUAUAAAAUAACUCACGAACUGGCGCCAAAAGGACUAACCAACAUUUUUAAAAGGACGUCUUCCUUUUAUUACUAUAAUAUGCGAGGCUCUUCCACCAAACUCUUUUUGCCUCUAUAACUAAGACUUUUUUUAAGAUUAUGAUAUAUCAUAAUCUUAAAAAAAGUCUUAGUUAUAGAGGAGCAAAAUUGUGGAACAGCCUUUCUGGUGAAGCAAGAAACAAACAUUCUCUUGCUUUGUUUAAUUCAUGUAUACGACACUGGCCUGGCCAAUUAAUUAGUUUAUUACGUUAAUUAAGAAUAUUACAUAGUACUAAUAUUAAUUUAAUAUAUAAAUAAUUAUAUACUAGUUGUAUUUGUAAAUGUAUCGUAAUUGUUGUUAACUGUAAUGUAAUGCAUAACCAUAAUUUGUAUUAAUUGUAUUUUUUAACUACUUAAAUCUACGCCCCCCCUUGGAAAUCAGCUUUCGCUGUAGGGGUUAGCGUAGUUGAAUAAAGUUUUACCUACCUACCUACCUAGUCUGGGCAGACAUCCCGAAAUAUCUCGAGACAGAAAUUGAACGCGUUUGCACAAGAGUAAAAACUUCGAAGGCCUUUCUCGAGGUUCCUGACGCUGGGGACAAGGUUCCUGACGCUGAGGACAAGGUUCCUGACGCUGAGGACAAGGUUCCUGACGCUGAGGACAAGGUUCCUGACGCCGAGGACAAGGUUCCUGGCGGUGAGGACAAGGUUCCUGGCGGUGAGGACAAGGUUCCUGACGCUGAGGACAAGGUUCCUGACGCUGAGGACAAGGUUCCUGACGCUGAGGACAAGGUUUCUCACGUUGAGGACAAGGUUUCUCACGCUGAGGACAAGGUUUCUCACGCUGAGGACAAGUUUUUUCACGCUGAGGACAAGGUUUCUCACGCUGAGGACAAGGUUUCUCACGCUGAGGACAAGUUUUUUCACGCUGAGGACAAAGUUUUCCACGCUGAGGACAAGGUUUCUCACGCUGAGGACAAGGUUCCUGACGCUGAGGACAAGGUUCCUGACGCCUGA